AUGAAGCCAGGAAGCAGCACCAUCUCAAGUUUUUGGAAAUUUUGGAUGGAAACACUGCGUCUUCUGAAAUCGCAGAACUCAGGAAGCGGCAAUAUCUCAAGUUUUGGCAAAUUUUUGAUGGAAAAACUGAGACACAUUGCUAAUGAUGCACGCACUGAGACCAUGGAGAAGGCAAUGUUGGUGGAUGCUAAAGCUGAGAGAGUAGACAAAGAUAAGAUGCCUAGACUCUCUACAGCAUCAGUGACAAGGACAGCUCAAAAACACUAG